UGAAUGAAAAUGUUGCUUGUUCUAGUGAGUUUGAUAAGUUUCGAGGAUACAUUGCAUCACAGCAGACGGCGCAUCUUAUAUAAACAUAAGAAAAAACUAAACGAGACAUUCAAGUCACAGCUGUGGUACUAACUAGCUCAAAAUGAAAUCCUUCAUCGUAGUAUGCUGCCUGUUCGCGUGCGCCCUCGCCGGCGUCCCCCGUGAGAAGCGCGGCUUCCUGGGCGGGCUGCACUCCUCGGACGUGUACAGCGGCUACUCCGCUCCCAUCAUCAGCCUCUCGGAGCCCGUCCUCGGCUACUCCGCGCCCGCUGCCAAACUCGUCAGCGUCAACAAAGUGGUCAACUCUCACCGCGUCGUGGACGUUCCUCAAGUAGUGAACGUCCGCAAGGUGGUAUCCGUGCCCGAAGUGGUGUCCGUCAACAAGGUCGUGGCCGCUCCCAGCUACAGCUCCUACGGCGGCGGACUGGGACUGGCUUCGGGCUGGGACCACGGAUACUCUAGCGGAUGGUGAUCAUCUUAGCGCUCAAAUUCAAAGUUUUCUACUGCUACUAUUUAUUUGAAAUAAAUAUUAUUUUUACAUAA